CGUCAGCAACUUCACCGCGGCCAACAAAAACGGUGAAGCCUUCACCGUUUUAGUUUAAAACGGUGAAGGCUUCACCGUUUUUAACAAAAGCAGUGAACCCUUCACCGUUUUAGUUUAAAACGGUGAAUACAUCACCGUUUUAGUUUAAAACGGUGAAUACAUCACCGUUUUUGUUUAAAACGGUGAAGUACUCACCGUGUUUGUCAAACGCGGUGAUGACCUUCACCGUUUUUGUCUAAAACGGUGAUGCUCAAACAUGUGUACUUUUGGAAUUUUUUUUAUAACUAAUGUAUUUUGGGAAUUUUUUUUAAAAACUAGUGUACUUUGGGAUUUUUUCCUGUCAUUUGUAUCCUGUCAAUUUCGUUGACCGUUAAAGAUAACGGUUGACCAAACGGUGGUCAACGCGAAGUUGACUUUUGUUGACGUGGCAAAAAAAGAGGCUGCCACAUAGGUGCCACGUCAUUGACCUAAUAUUUUUUAAUUCAAAUUAAAUAAAAAAAUGAGUUAAAAUUAAAGAAAAUGUAAAUUCAAUUAUGUUAUUAAACCAAAAUUUUAAAACAAAAUAAUAAAAAACUCUUCUUCUUCUCUGCCAAAGAUUCAAGCUUUGGCUCCUGUUUGAGAGGAAAAUCAAAGCAAGAACUCGAAAGAAAAGCCCCAUUGGAGUGGCACUUUUGCUAGUGAGCAGUAGAUGUUGCUCAUUUGAAAUGAAGGAGAAGAAUACCAAUUUGUUCCCUCUUCUUCUCCUCCUCCUCUCCUUCGUUUCCCUUUCCCUUGUCAACUCGUCUUCUGAUGCAAAGAUCCCACCAGCCAUUUCCAGCCAUGGAACACUCACUCAAGCCGAGGUCUCCUACCUCCGCCGGCGGCAGCUCCUGUACUACAAGGACGAGUUCGGCGACCGCGGUGAGAACGUGACGAUCCCGCCGGGCUUCGUCUUCGAGAACCCGAGGCCACCGCCGCCUCCACUCUUCUCCCCGCCGCCACCGCCAAACCAUUACUACACCGCCAACUCGCCAAAAAUCUCCCAAUCCGGCUCUGAGAAUCUCUCUGAAAGAUAACCCAACUCGCCAAUCUUUCAUCGUGCCGCUAUUAUGGCCCGAACCCAGAAAAUGGGGUUAAUUGAAAAUCAAAAUCCCAAAUCGGGUAAUCGCCAGAAUCCAAAUCGAUUCUUUUGAAUCCCAUCAUUGGAGACAGAGGGAUUCUCAGCCCAUGAUUCAUGUUCAAUGAUGGAAGAUUUUGGCGAUGAAUCUAAAGAGGAUUUGCGUAGGCGGCGGUUAAUCUUCCUACUCUCGCCCAUGCUCGAUUAAGAAAGAGAAAGGAAGAAGAUGGAAGUUGCAGUAGUGGGGUGGCUUGGGGUUGGGAUCAAACAUACCCGCCGCUAAGAUGGGGGAGGCAGAGACAUCCAGAUUGGAAGUCGAGAGAGAGAGAGAGAGAGAGAAAGAGAGAAUCGGCGAUCUGGAGAAGAGAAGUAGGUCGCCAGUGGAAGGAGCGAUGGUGCCGCCGAGCUACUGGCUCCAAUCGAUGGCGCCGCCUCCAGAUCCUCGAAACCCCUUCAGCUUGUUACGUUCGUGUCGGCUGUGUUGGGGAAGAAAGGAAGGAGCGAUGGUGCCGCCGAGAAAAUUGCAGCAGGAAGUCAUGGAGGGGGAUUCGGGGAAGAAGAGGUAGGAUUUUUUUUUAUUUUUUAUUUUAAUUAUUUUAUUUUUCUUAUUUUAUUAAUAUUAGAUGGAAAAAAAUAAUAUUAAAAAUUCCACGUCAGCUGCCACAUCAGUGCUGACUAGAUUUUCUGUUAAAAACUAACGGAAUCAUAGUUCAGGACACAGAUGGAAUAUUGGAAACAAUAGGACACAAGUGGCAUUUUCGCGAUAGUUCGGGUGUUGUAGUGGUAUUAUCCCUAAUUCUUAAAUAGAAAAAACACAUGAAAUCCCACCUAAGGCUUCCAACCAUCCUAGCACCGAAAUGUGUUUAUGUCCUUUCUUAACGCAACCAUUAAUCGCAUAACCAAUGCUAAUAUUGAUUAAGUAAUAAUUUGAUAACUUAUAUUCUCAUUAAUCUGCCAAUUCCCCACUAAACGAUCCAUAAUCACUAAAAAUCAGUUCAAUCAUGCUAACAUUAGAACGAGGUCUCCUCGAGGAAGGAAUCACCACCCAAGUUUAAAAGGUUCUUCAUAAGAUGACAUUAUCUGGCCUUUUUCAUUGGGUCAUUCUUCUUAUUCAUGCACUUCAUGGUGGUUUGGAAUAGGGAUGGCAAAAAUAUCCGUAACCGUGGAUACCGAAUUCGGCCUGAUCGGGUAGGGUAGAACCCGAACCCGAAUGACAUUUAGUUGGUAUGGGUAAAAUUCGAACCCGAAUAUUGCGGGUAAUGGGUGGGCAUGGGUUUCUUACUAUCCAACCCGAACUCGCCCGAUUAUACACAUGCAUAUGUAUUCUGUCUAGAAAUAAUCAUUUUUUCUCUAA